UAAAAGAAGUUAUAAUGGCACUCUUAAACCCUAAACCCCAUUAAUUUUCAUGGAUUGGCAUAAUGGCAUCAGUCAUGUUAUUAAAAAGAAGUUAUAAUCAUAUAAUUAACAAUCUAGUAUUAUCUUAUAACAAUAAUCUGGUCAAACUUGGUCAAACAUCUUCAUUUUCAGCGAACCCUAAUUAUACUUCAAUAAUCUUUUGCAACUCAAAGAUUAGUGAACAUGGACGAAUUGGUAACAUUAAAGAAUCAGAAGCCAUUUUUAAUCAAAUGCCCACAAAAAAUAUCAUAUCUUGGACUGCUAUGCUCACUGCAUAUGCAAACAAUGGGCAGAUUGAUAAUGCACGUAAGGUGUUCGAUGAAAUGCCUGAACGAAACGUCGCAUCUUGGAAUGCCAUGAUAACGGGUUAUAUGAGGAUUAGGGAUGGAAUUGAUAAGGCUUGUGAGUUGUUUUUGAUGUCGCCUGAGAAAAAUGCGGUUUCAUAUGCUUGUAUGAUCACGGGUUAUGUUCGUGCUGGCAGGUUAGAGGAUGCAAAGAGGUUGUAUUGUGGUAUGCCGAGAGAGUGGCGGGAUCCUUUUUGUUCGAAUGCAUUGAUAAAUGGGUAUUUGAAGAAAGGGGAGUUGGAGGAGGCGGUGAGGGUUUAUGAGGGAAUGUUGGAGAAGAACGUGGUUUCUUGGAGUGCUAUGGUUGAUGGGUAUUGUAAGUUAGGGGAGAUUGAGAAAGCGAGAGAGUUGUUUGAUGGGAUUCCGGAAAGAAAUGUUGUUACUUGGACUUCGAUGAUUGAUGGGUAUUUGAAAAGCUCGUGUUUUGAAGAUGGGUUUGCGUUAUUUCAACAACUGAGACGUGGAAAUGAGAUAGAACUUGUUUCGAACACAUUGACUGUAGUAUUUGAAGGUUGUGGAAGAUUUGGUAGAUAUAAAGAAGGGAUUCAAGUCCAUGCUUUGGUGUUGCUUAUGGGAUUUGACUUUGAUACUUACUUAGGCAAUUCUGUGAUUACCAUGUACUCCAGAUUGGGUGAUUUGGGUUCAGCUUUUAAGUUGUUUAAUGUAAUGGAGAAAAAAGAUCCGGUUUCUUGGAACUCUUUGAUUGGUGGUUACAUUCAAGCUGAAGAUGUUGAAGAUGCAUAUAAAGUUUUCAGUAAGAUGCCACACAAGGAUGUGUAUUCCUGGACAGCAAUGAUUACUGGAUUCAGUAGCAAAGGGCUUACGAAAAAAUCAGUGGAGUUUUUUAACAUGAUGCCACAGAAAGAUGAUGUUGCAUGGACUGCUCUUAUAUCAGGGUUUUUCAGUAAUCAGGAGUAUGAGGAGUCAAUCCGUUGGUUCAUCCGGAUGCUUAAGACAGCAGUCAAGCCUAAUGUUCUUACAUUUAGUAGUGUUCUUAGUUCUUCAGCUUCAUUAGCAACAUUAAAUCAAGGUCUGCAAAUUUAUACUCAUGUACUUAAAAUGGGAGUGGAGUUUGACUUGUCAAUACAAAAUUCACUCGUUUCUUUUUAUGCAAAGUGUGGAUGCGUCAACGAUGCCUACAAUAUAUUUCAGUCCAUUAGUACUCCCAAUGUUGUUUCUUACAAUGCCAUGAUUAAUGGGUUUGCACAAAAUGGGUAUGGGAAAGAGGCACUCAAGUUAUUCAGGGGAAUGGAGGAAAAUGUUGUUGAGCCAAACGAUAUAACAUUUCUUGGUGUUCUUUCUGCAUGUACUCAUGUUGGACUGGUGGAGGAAGGACGCAAAUAUUUUAAAUCAAUGAGAUCUUCUUAUAAGAUUGAACCUGGUCCAGACCACUAUGCGUGCAUGGUUGAUCUUUUAGGCCGAGCUGGUUUACUGGAUGAUGCAUUUAAUUUGAUUAGUUUGAUGCCAUUUAAGCCCCAUUCUGGAGUUUGGGGUGCACUUCUUGGUGCAAGCAGGAUCCACUUACGUUUGGAUCUUGCUGAAAUUGCAGCUAGACAUAUAUCUGAACUGGAGCCUGAUAAUGCUGCACCUUAUGUGGUCUUGUCUGACUUAUACUUGGUUUCAAAGAAUAAGGAACAUGAGGAGCUAGUGAGAACAACGAAAAGAUUGAAAGGGAUUAAAAAGAGUCCUGGGUGUAGUUGGACCAUAGUGAAGGAUGAUGUUCACUUAUUUUUGGCGGGAGAUCGUUCUCAUACAAACUUUAAAGAGAUUAAAAGCACACUUUUGAUCCUCGGGGAUGAAAUGAAAGAGCAGUAUUAGUCCAGGAGAAUUGAUUGUACAGGGUGAAUAUCAUAAGUUAAGCUUAGGAGAUACUAUUUCAUCAUGCCUGAUUUGAUUAUUGAAUCUGUUUAUAUUUCAAUUUAUUUAACGGAUUUACAAAAACUAGAUAUAUACCCAAAAAAAAUAUCUUAACCAAUUGUGUCAGAUUCCAAUUCCUUCAAAGUCUAUUUGAACACACCUUCAUCGCGACCAUCAAUAACAGGACUGAUCAUGGUGACUAUCCAGAGGAAAACUCCAACUCUUACAACCAGAGUGCUUUGUUUGACUUUUUGACCUCCUUCAUCGGACAGGAUUAGCUUGGAAUGAUUAAAAGUAGUUUCUGUUCUCAUGGUGGUUGGAUGGGAUAUGGCUCUCGACGUAGAUGGAUAUGUGUGUUCCCUUUCACACUCGUCGAUCCAGAGAUAACAAUGCCCAAAUGCGUCAAGAACAACAUAGUGGGAGAUAUGCAUUCCCUAGAUGAUAAUCAAUGCCUAAAUAAAACCAGAGGACAACAGCAGCAAUAAAUUCAUCUUUAAACAAA